GCUCCCGGUCGCCUUCGGCCGAGAAGAGAACAAGUUGUGCUCCCCCCACCCUUCUUCUUGCUAAAUGCCAUGGAUAUAACUGAAUAAGCCGCUCAGGGCUCUCCCCGCGUGGACGUCGGAGGCCACCAUCUGCCUGCAUUCGCCGGAGCCGGAGGUUUAGCUCGAGCCUGUCUCGGGCGGGGAAGGAUGCGUGGCCGAGCCGGGGAGCCCGAGCGCCCCGCGGAGCCGGCCUCGGAGCCUCCCAGCCGAGGGUAGAUGCUGCCUUGCCCAGGCGCCGUGGCCGAGUGACCAGACCAUGGAGACCCUGCUUGGUGGGCUGCUGGCGUUUGGCAUGGCGUUUGCUGUGGUUGAUGCCUGCCCCAAGUACUGUGUCUGCCAGAACCUGUCUGAGUCACUGGGGACCCUGUGCCCCUCCAAGGGGCUGCUCUUCGUGCCCCCCGACAUCGACCGGAGGACAGUGGAGCUGCGCCUGGGCGGCAACUUCAUCAUCCACAUCGGCCGCCAGGACUUCGCCAACAUGACGGGGCUGGUGGACCUGACUCUGUCCAGGAACACCAUCAGCCACAUCCAGCCCUUCUCCUUCCUGGACCUGGAGAGCCUGCGCUCCCUGCACCUGGACAGCAAUCGGCUGCCCAGCCUGGGGGAGGACACCCUCCGGGGCCUGGUCAACCUGCAGCACCUCAUCGUCAACAACAACCAGCUGGCGGGCAUCGCAGAUGACGCCUUCGAGGACUUCCUGCUGACGCUGGAGGACCUGGACCUCUCCUACAACAACCUGCAUGGCCUACCCUGGGACUCCGUGCGGCGCAUGGUCAACCUCCACCAGCUGAGCCUGGACCACAACCUGCUGGACCACAUCGCCGAGGGCACGUUUGCCGACCUGCAGAAACUGGCCCGCCUGGACCUCACCUCCAACAGGCUGCAGAAGCUGCCGCCAGAUCCCAUCUUCGCCCGCUCCCAGGCUUCGGCCCUGACCGCCACACCCUUUGCCCCGCCCUUGUCCUUCAGUUUCGGGGGGAACCCGCUGCACUGCAAUUGCGAGCUGCUUUGGCUGCGGAGGCUCGCGCGGGACGAUGACCUGGAGACCUGCGGCUCCCCGGGCGCGCUCAAGGGCCGCUACUUCUGGCACGUGCGCGAGGAGGAGUUCGUGUGUGAGCCGCCUCUCAUCACGCAGCACACGCACAAGCUGCUGGUCCUGGAGGGCCAGGCGGCCACGCUCAAGUGCAAGGCCAUCGGGGACCCCAGCCCCCUUAUCCACUGGGUAGCGCCUGAUGACCGGCUGGUGGGGAACUCCUCAAGGACCGCUGUGUACGACAACGGCACCCUGGACAUCCUCAUCACCACGUCUCAGGACAGUGGCGCCUUCACCUGCAUUGCGGCCAACGCGGCGGGGGAGGCCACGGCCACCGUGGAGGUCUCCAUCGUCCAGCUGCCCCACCUCAGCAACAGCACCGGCCGCUCGGCGCCCCCCAAGUCCCGCCUCUCCGACAUCACCGGCUCCAGCAAGACUGGCCGGAGCGGUGGGGGCAGUGGGGGCGGGGAGCCUCCCAAAAGCACCCCGGAGAGGGCCGUGCUGGUGUCCGAUGUGACCACCACCUCGGCCCUGGUCAAGUGGUCGGUCAGCAAGUCAGCGCCGCGGGUGAAGAUGUACCAGUUGCAGUACAACUGCUCCGACGACGAGGUACUGAUCUACAGGAUGAUCCCAGCCUCCAACAAGGCCUUCGUGGUCAACAACCUGGUGUCGGGGACAGGCUACGACCUGUGCGUGCUGGCCAUGUGGGAUGACACGGCCACGACCCUCACGGCCACCAACAUCGUGGGCUGCGCCCAGUUCUUCACCAAGGCUGAUUACCCGCAGUGCCAGUCCAUGCACAGCCAGAUCCUGGGCGGCACCAUGAUCCUGGUCAUCGGGGGCAUCAUCGUGGCCACGCUGCUGGUCUUCAUCGUCAUCCUCAUGGUGCGCUACAAGGUCUGCAAUCAGGAGGCCCCUGGCAAGAUGGCAGCCGCCACUGUCAGCAACGUGUACUCGCAGACCAACGGGGCCCAGCCUCCGCCCCCGGGCAGCGCGCCCGCCGGGCAAGCCCUACCGCCGCCGCCCAAGGUGGUGGUGCGGAACGAGUUGGUGGGCUUCAGCGACUCUUCUUCUUCCAGCUCGCUGGGCAGUGGGGAGGCUGCGGGGCUGGGACGGGGUCCCUGGAGACUUCCACCCCCCGCCACCCGCCCCAAACCCAACCUUGACCGCUUGAUGGGGGCCUUUGCUUCCCUGGACCUCAAGAGUCAGAGAAAGGAGGAGCUGCUGGACUCCAGGACUCCAGCAGGGAGAGGGUCUGGGACAUCAGCCAGGGCCCACCACUCAGACCGAGAGCCACUGCUGGGGCCCCCGGCCGCCCGGGCCAGGAGCCUGCUCCCCUUGCCCUUGGAGGGCAAGACCAAGCGCAGCCACUCCUUUGACAUGGGGGACUUCGCAGCUGCGGCUGCGGCCGCAGGAGGGGUCGCUCCCGGUGGUUACAGUCCUCCUCGGAGGGUCUCAAACAUCUGGACGAAGCGCAGCCUUUCCGUCAACGGCAUGCUCUUGCCGUUCGAGGAGAGUGACCUGGUGGGGGCCCGGGGGACUUUCGGCAGCUCCGAGUGGGUGAUGGAGAGCACUGUGUAGCCCCGCGGGACCCUCCCUCCCACCCUGGAGGAGUGGGAGAAGUAGGGCAAAGGACCGGUACUGGCAAGUCUUGUGGAGUUUCCAUGGUG